CAACGACAUACCUUCAAGGGCUAUUUCAAGUGAGGCUAGAGUAAAAAAAAAUCGGGACCUAAUGCGAGAAAUUAAAAAUUCACUGAUGACGGCAACACAGAGCAUCAAAAUGGCGGAUUUGUUUAUCCAGCGUCCAUCGUUGUGUAAUGUGUUGUUUUGUUUAUUGCUUUGGUUUAUUGUCAUAAAAGGUUAUAAGAAUUGAAUUUUUAUUUUAUUAUAUUAAUUUUAUUUUUGUUUCGACUCGGUGGGAUUGAAAUAUUUUGAGAUAGUGACUCUUGUGUGUGGUUUGAGUUAUCUUUACGAUUUUUAUGAACCUAUUUCGAAAAAGUGACUAAGACGUGACUAUGUCUUCGGUAAAUAACGCGGAAAAUCAACGCCGAUGUUAUAAGUGCGGACGUUCACCGGCUGAGGACUCGCUGACUAAAUUGUUUCGCUUUCCUAAACCCGGUAUAACGAACACAUUACGCUGUGAAUUAUGGGCAAAGUACUGCUUUCCUGAUAAAGAGCACUGGUCUCCAGAAUUUCAGCAAAAACUUCAUACACGACAUUUAAUGCUCUGUAAUAGACAUUUUUCAAGGACAUCAUUUAGUGAUUACCCUGAAACUUCAAAGAAGCUUCACAGAUUUGCUGUUCCAGAUGACAUCAAAGAGACUGAACCUCAACCAGGUCCAUCACAUUGUCAUCUGAAAGUAUUGAAUGACAUUACCAACUGCUAUUCUGAACCAAAACCAGUACCCACCAUGAAAAAACCUAGACUUAAACCUCAACCUGGGACUUCGCAUGUGUCAUAUGCUUCAUGUGCAGAAAAUAAUGUUUUGAGUAAAAUCAACCAUCUAUCUCAGACACCAACACGGCAACCUAAAACCCCAAAAGAACAAUAUCUGUUGACAAAAUGCAGGAAACAUUUAAAACAUAUUUGGCAACUGCGAAAUAGAAUAAAAACAUUGAAAAAUAAAGACAUGUUAAAAGUAUUACAUAAAAACAAGUCUAUUGAUAUGUUGAUGAAAAAUAUUACUCCUACAUUUGCCUUGUUGCUGCAAGCACAGAUCAAAAACGUAAAAAAAAAAACUAAAGGAAGGAGAUGGACUACUGAAGAAAAAGUAACAGCUCUCAGAUUAUAUAAAAGAUCACCAACGUGUUAUAGACUGUUGAGAAGGUUAUUUUGUCUACCAUCUGAAUCUACUCUAAAAUUUCUUUUGAGCAAAUUCUCCCUUAAAGUUGGAGUUAACGAAUGUAUUUUUUCUGUUUUAAAAAGAACAGCAGAACUUCAAACUGCAUCAGACAAUGAAUACAUUAUCAUGUUUGAUGAAAUGUCAAUAAAAAAAAAUAUCAUGUACAACCGAAAGACAGAUAUAAUAGAAGGUUUUCAAGACCAUGGACUUCAAGGCAGAUCACCACAAAUAGCAUCACACGCUCUUGUAUUUAUGUUAGCUGGCAUUAGAAAGAGGAUUAAGCAGCCUGUGGCUUAUUACUUAUCAAGCGAGUAUGUUACAGCAGACCGAUUAGCAGUCUUGAUAAAAGAGAUAAUACGUGAAUGUCGUGCGGCAGGUCUUAACAUACCGGUGAUGGUUUGCGAUAUGGAUGGGGUAAAUCGACGAGCUUUGUCCAUCUUGGGUGCCACUACCGAAAAACCCUCAAUUAAUAUAGAUAAUAUAGAGAUUAUCAGUAUGUAUGACCCACCGCAUCUUCUAAAGUGUUUCAGAAAUUUAUUUCUGAAAUAUGAUAUCCAGUGCACUACACAAAUAACAUCUAGCAACAAAAGUGGAAUAGGAGUUGCAAAAUGGAGCCACAUAAAAACUUUUUAUGAACUGGACAACCAGAACCCCAAUUUUGUUUUUGCUCCUGCCUUAAAAUUAGAACACCUCAAUCCGAACAGCAGGCAAAAAAUGAAGGUUAAGCUGGCAGCACAAACGUUGAGUCAUACAGUUGCUGCUGGGAUGAUGGCAAAAAUUUCAGAAGGAGUAUUGACUUCUGAAGCAGCUGUAACUGCAGGUGUCAUAUCAAACAUGGAUCAACUUUUUGAUUCUGUCAACAGCGACUCUAAAGAUUUGCGCCGCGGGAAAAUACAUGCUACAAAUUUGAAACAAACCACACCACAUCUCACGUUAUUUAAGAAAAUGAAAAUAUUUUUUAAUACUUCAAAAUUUGUAGGCAGCACACGUACACCACCUUCAAAAGAAGGAUGGGUGUGGACUCUGAAUGCAAUUGAACUAUUAUGGAAUAAACUCCGUAAUAAGCAUUCAAAUAUUCAAAGUCUUGCCACCCGCAGGCUACAGCAGGACCCACUAGAAAAUCUGUUUGGUUGCAUUCGGAGUAAUUGUGGUGCAAACUACAAUCCUACCGCUGGUCAAUUUAUUGCAGCACUAAAAACAUCAAUAUUAAGCAACCUAGCUCACCUAAGCACUGGGAAUUGCGAGAGCGAUUACUGCGAAGCCAUAAUUGAUAAUUAUAAAGACGUAUUGACCAGAUCCACAAACUUAUGCACAAAUUAUACAACUUCCACUCAACAGAGUUUUUCAUAUUCCUCAAAUUUGUCUGAGGAACUUGAAAGUAUAUGUAAUGCUGAAACAUCAAGUGGUGAAGCUCAGGCAUGUGCAUAUGUUUGUGGAUUUUUAAUUAAAAGACUUGAUUGUAGUUGCUCUAGCUGUAAUAACAUUUUAUUUUCCAAGGAAAAGUGUUUAGUAGAACAUUUAUUCCUACAAUUUAAAGAAUACAAUUCCGAAAAGCAGAGCUUAAAAUAUCCUCAUUUAAAUAUUAUAAAUUAUGUGGAAUCCUGUGCUUUGGUGAUAAACAGAAUGCUUAAAGAUAUAGGACACGAAAAGCAUGUGCUUAAAAAAGUAGUAGAUAAGGUUCAAGAAUCGGUCGAUCACGAUUUUUUAAAGGCUUGUCCAGUACAUUGGGAAAAAAAUCGCAGUUAUUUUAUAGAAAAUAUUUCAUAUAUUUGCAUAAAGAGGUACUGUACAUUAAAAAAUCGUGAGUUCUCAGAGGAAGCUUCAAAGGCUUCGUUAAAAAGAAAAAUUGACAUUUUAAAACAUAAAUAAAAAACCGUUUGGAAUGAAGUUCCUUUUGCUGAAUACCUACAAGUUAAAAGUCGUUUUACGAACAUGGAUAAAUGCACUUAAUUUUAUAUCGGACUAUGUAACUAAUUUGGUUAUACAUACUUAAAUUACUGAAAUAAAAAAGUACCAUAA